AUGCCGUCUCUCGGCACCACACUCCCAUCCCCCAUACCCGGCGCCCCCGCUCUUCCGCCUGCAGACGCGCCAGCCUCCACAUACCCCCCGACCGGUCCAGCGGUAGAGAGGAGACGUUCUUCCAGUAUUAAACACCCCCACCCCCAUGCGCACCCUCAUCCUGUUGUGGGGCAUGCGGCGGGGUCGUAUCCGCCUCCGCCUAGAAAACCUCUGACGCCAACGGGAUAUGUACCGGCGUUUGAGAGCGACGAUGAGAUGUUUAAAGAGCGGUAUAUCGCUUUACAGCUAUUGAUCAACGAACUUGAGGAUGAGAACAACCUGAUUGCGUAUCGGAUUGCGAAAGAAGAAAGCCGAAUGCGCCAGCUUGGCCUUCCUCUCCCCAAUUACGCCUUCUCUGGACCGCCGAACCCUGCGCCUGUACCAGAAGUCGGUGCUCAGGGAGCGCUGCCUGCUGGAGAUGUCCCAAGAGGAAGGGAGGGAGAGCUAUCGGCUAGGGGUACGGCGAGUAAUGGUGUCUCUGAAAGGGAGAGGGAAGAGCCGCGAGGCGUGCUUCCGGAGAGCGGGCGAGUGGUGAGCGAGAAAGAGUUUGUGGAAGGGUCUGUACCGAGACACGAGCAGCCUUUCGACCAGCCAAACGGGACAAAGAGACGACGCGAAAGCGGGGAUAUAGACUCGUUCCCCGAGAAGAUCAAUAUCGUCGCAAACUUCAGAACCUAG